AACCUUCCUCUCUUGCCAUAAUUCUCUGCGCAAUUGUUUACAUCUACGAAGCUCUGCACUAUCAAUCAACUUUUCCGUUUCAAUUCACUCAUUCAUUUGUUUGGGCUAUUACUCUUGAUAUCUAGUUAAACUUUUGCCUGCAGUUUCUUUUGGUUAAUUUUUUAUUGCAAAUUUUGGGUGAUCUGAUUUUGUUUGGGUGAUUUCUUGUUCUGCUAAAAUUUGUAAGCUAUCUUUGAUCUGUAAUGGAAGAAGAAAACAGCAAAAACCCUAUCAAAAUUAGUCCCUUAGAAUCUCACAUAGUUGAGAUCCCAGUUGAUGAAGAACAUCAAAAACCCCAUCUCUCUGCAACUGCUUCCUCAACUCAACACCCACUCCAUGAGAUCUCUGAAAGUCCAGGACAUUUGCUUCUUCUCAAGCUAUGGCAGAGAGAAGAAGAUCUCUUUGCACAUAGAAUCGCUAUUAAAGAAACCAGAAUUGAUACCACAAGGCGUGAAGUCUUUCAACUGUGCCUUUUCUUUUUUGCUUUUCAUGGCUUCUUCUUUACCCUUCUCUUCACUUCUUCCAUCCAUUUGGAGAAUUCUUCCUGUAAAAAAUGGUGGGUUCCUUCCUGUUUAUCCUUGAUUGCCUCUCUAGUUACAAUAUGCUCUGUUCAGUACAAGCUAUUUAGGUAUUCAAAGGUUUUGAAGCAGUUGCAGAGAGAAAGAAGUGACAGUAGGGCUCUUGUUAGGUGCAUUCAAGAGCUUAGAAUGAAGGGGGCUAGUUUUGAUUUGUCAAAGGAACCUCAUAGUAGCAAGAGAUUCAAGAGUUCAAGUGUAGAGGUUAAGCUUAAUCCUAUUAGAUGGUGUUCUCAGAAUCUGGUCACCAUUCUUCUUUUGAUUGUCACAGGGUUGAUUUUCCCUGCCUGUAAGUUUAUAGUGUGUGGUUGAUUUAGGGUUUCUUUGUUUAAUUAUGGUCAUCAAUCAGAGACAUCAAGGUAAGAGCACCGAGACUGUGAAUCUGUUGUUUAUUCAAUUUAAAUUGACCCUCCUCUAUUUCUUCUUUGAUUUAAAAAUAUGACCAGUUGAAGUGUAUAGAAAUGGUAAAUCUUCUGGUUCAAAUAUUUAUUUAAUUUUUUUUUCCAGUAUUUCAGAAUAUAAAACCAUUGAUUAGCAUUGUACUACUCACUCCAUCUCUAUUUGAAUUUUUUUUCUUCCAAUUUUUAUUUAAUUUGAUCCGUUUUCUCCUUUUAGCAUUUUCUUUCCAUUUUAUUGAAAGGGUGAAUUGAGUGAGAAUGUAAAAUUUGGGGUUUCAAAGAUUUCUUUAACUUUUCGGAAUUCUGUAGAGUUUAAAACCGUUGAUCGUAUUUCCUAUAAUUUUAUUACAUUUUACUCCAAGAGGAAAUGUAAAUCCAUUGACUGGGUUAUUUGCUGUGAAUUAUACCUUUCAAUUGGGUAAGCUAGCUAGCUUAUAGUAAAUGUGCAAAAAUUACCUGAGACUACUGAACCAUUGAAGUGUUGUAAAUGCAGGUUUAUUACAUAUUUCUAAUCAGAACUGAAGAGCUUAGAACAAUUGUAUACUGGAUGGGACAAUCACCAUUUCACAUAAACGUGCGCUUGUUUUAUGUUCAAUUUAAAUGGAUACAUGUUCACUGCUAUGGGUCUAUUCCAGACAUCCAUGGAAAUUAAUUUCAUUGUGAUUUGGGAGACAGGAUAUUCUACGUGGGUUUUCUUGAUGCCAGCCUAACACAUUUGUGGAAUGCAAAAGGCAUCUGUGGACUGCAAGAGGCAUCUGUAGAAUGCAAGAGCUCUACAUACCUCCCUCUCUCUCUCCAUUAGUGGGGGGUGCUUAAGCUUUAAUAACUCGAGGAAAAGCCAGAAAUGGAAGCUUUGAUGGGAGAGGUAGAAAUACUGUGCAUUUGUAGAAUGCAAGAGCUCUCUCUCUCUCUCUCUCUCUCUCCUUACAGGACAGCUUGUGUACCCCUUGUACACACUGUAACUAAUUUGGUCCCCCCCCCUCCAGUAAACAAGCUGUGUCUAUUGGCCGUAUCAAGACUUUUUAAGUAACCUCAAGAUACUGUUUCUCUCUCUCUCUCUCUCUCUCUCUCAUUUGGUCUUUCUCACUGUAACUAAUUUGGUUCCCCUCAGUAUACAAGCUCCGUCUAUUGGCUGUAUAAAUACUUUUUAAAACCUCAAUAUACACUCUCUCUCUCUCUCUCUCUCACUCACUCACAUACAGUUUUUGGUGAUAGUCAAAAUCACCGCACCUAUAUUUCAUUAACAAAAAUUGAGGGUAUUAUGGAAAAAGAAAAAAGGGGUUUCUUUGGUGAACAAGAAUUGGUGAGGGCUAAGGAAGACUCAUCCUUUUGAAUGUCCAAGAUGGAGAUGGGUCUGCAAGAGAGAGAGAGAAGCCGGUAUUCCCAUGGGAUUUUUGGGUUAGUUAAGAUUCUCAAUGUGCUCUUUCUGAUAACGGAAUAAAAAUAUUGAUAGACGGUGUUGCUUGGUUGGGAGAGUAUGGGAAAAUCAAUGAAGGUUUUAUAUCGAUGUUUAGACUCUCAAGGUGCUCUUUCUGAUAGUGGUAUAAAAAAUAUUUAUCGACGGUGUUGCUUGGUUGGGAGAGUAUGGGAAAAUCAGUGAAGGUUUUAUACCGAUGUUUAGACUCUUGUAACCCAAAAUUGUAUCUUCCUUGAGAUAGUGGAUUGCUAGUUAUCAAGGCCGUGGAUGUAGCCCUAUGGGGUGAACCACGUAAAUUGUGUAUUGUGGUGGUGUGCUUUUUAUGUUUUUUUUAUUUCUCGCACUCGAUUUGUAGUUGUAUAUCUACUUCAUGGGACCAUGGUAUUUGGGGAUUUCCUAAUUCUGCAAACUAUUUGGCUGAAUUGAGUUGAGCAAUGAUUAAUCUUGAUUGAUUUUUAGUGGAAUCUGUAGUGGAUUUAUGUUUUUUUA